AUCGAUUUUCAAGGGUUUAGGGUUUAUGCUUCUGCGCCUCUUUACAAAAUUUCAUUCAAGGUCAGUUUCCACCUGAAUAAUCUCCAAAUUUUCAUUGAUAUCUAUGCAAACAUCGUUCCAUUAUUCCAUCUGUAAGAUUAAUAAAUGGCUGUAAAGAAACCCUCACCAAAGUUGUUGGAGACAAUGCCAGAAGAUCUUGAUAUGGGUCCUUCUGAAUCUGAUCCGGAAACAGAGUCAGGUUCAGAGUCUGAAUCGGAAUCGGAAGGGGAUGAAGAUGUGAAGUUAGCCGAACCGUCAAAAACCGCGAUAUAUAACAAAGAAGGAAUACUUGAUAAACUUGGGGAUAUCAGUUGGCCGGAGGAUGUGGAAUGGAUCCAUAAACUUUCACUUGAUAUUGAACAAGAGCAAGAAGUAGACGUGAAUGAUGACCUGGCACGAGAGCUUGCGUUCUAUACUCAAGCACUAGAGGGCACGAGGCAAGCCUUUACCAAGUUCCAAGCCAUGGGCCUCCCGUUUCUCCGGCCGUCUGAUUAUUAUGCUGAAAUGGUGAAAACCGACACUCACAUGGAGAAGAUCAAGGGACGGCUUUUAUCUGAAAAGAGAAGAAUCGAGGAAGCUGAAGAGAGGAGGAAAGCUCGAGAGAACAAGAAGAAGGCGAAAGAAGUGCAAGCCGAAAAACAGAAGGAACGGACCAAACAGAAGAAAGAAGAGAUAGAAUCUGUUAAGAAGUGGAGGAAGCAACGACAACAGAGCGGGUUUCAAGGUGGUGACAAAGAUGGUGACAUGGGUUUGUCGUUUGAAAAUGGAAAGGAAUCGGAUACGUCUAAGAAGAACAAACGGGCCGGGGUUUCACCGUGGGAUAGGUCAGGUGGGAAAGCAAAGCAAAGUGGCGGGAAAGACCGAAAAGGAGGGGGUGGUAAGAGGAAAAGUAGAGAGUUUAGGGAUUCAAAAUAUGGGUUUGGGGGGAAGAAAGGUAUGAAGAAACAGAACACAGCUGAAACCACUAAUGAUUUUAAAGGGUUUAGCAAGGGCGACGGCUUCCAAAACAAGAAAAGAAAGAAGUGAUGAUAACUUUCAAUACAAGAAAAGAAAAGAAAAGAAAGAAUUUUGUUCCUUUCAGGUGAGAUUGUUGUUCAAUCUGUAUGUGUUUUCAAUACUGAUGUUUUAGUUUCAUUUAACUGUUGGGUAUACACUUUUGAACUACAACUAUUCGCCCUUUAUGUUGGAGCUUUUCAAACUGGGAAGAAGGAUCACUUUGAAAUUUACUC